GAGCGCGCCCCGGCUCUCGUAUAAAACAACUUCCCCUUCGCCACCUCCCACCGUUGGAUGACUCUCGAUGCCCUCCGACUCGCUCAAGUCAGACACCGCCAUCCACUACCCAUUCCUGUCGUUCCAGGACAACACGAACCAGCCGAGCUACGAUAUCACGUACGAUCUCCCCUCGACAAAGUGUCUGGGCACCUUCCGGACCAUGGCGACGGCCUCCCACUCCCCGACCGAGAACCGGCCGCUCAACCCCAACGUCGUAUUCCCACAGGCAUCGCUCACGUCCCGCGCCUGCUCCGACUCCUCCCGCGAAGGGAGCGGCUCGCCCCGGGUGUUUGCGCGGCUCAAUUUCAACUUCGUUCGGGUGCUGCGCGCCGUGGCCAUCGCCUUCGCCAUCGGCCUCGUCGCCGUCGAGUGCACGAAGCAUAACCCCUUCUACAGUGUCUCAGCUCUCUUCAUCUUCUUCUCCGUCGCGCAGCUCGUCUGGCUCGUCCUCGCCCUGUUGACCCAGGGCAACCGCCGUCGCCGCGGCCAUGGCACGUGUUUCGCCGUCGACCUCGGGUGUGUCGAGUGCAUCUUCAGGCGGCGGGGCCGCGACGACGAUGACGAUGGCCACGAGCGCGGCGGCGUGCUGAGCUGGUUGGUGGACGACGGCGGGAAGCAGAGGAAGAUCAAGGGUCUGGUCUAUACGGCCGUCGACACCAUUUUCGCCAUCGUCACCUUCGCCCUUGGCGUGGUUGCUACGACUGAUCCGAGGUGCUGGGAAUCGGACUCCCACGUUCCCAUUGCCGUCCUUGGUAUUUUUAUUGGCGUCUUCGAAGGUGCCAUCGCGAUUGCUCAGCAAUUCGCCAUUCUGAAGAGCGCCAAGAUCCAGAUCAUGUGGGACGAGGAUGAGGAGACGGACCUUGGCUCGCACAAGUACCGCAUCCGGCUGCCUCAGAGCCCUGAGCAGAGGCAUGUCGCCAUGUCUGUCACGGCGUAGUAAGGAAAUGCAGUACGCAAGUUCAGAUAUGAUCCAGGUGCUGGCCCACCCGCUAUGACAAGGUAUGAGACGACCAUGAAGGUCACUGAGCUAGACGGGCGCAUCUUUGUGGGAACGGAGGAAAUGGGGAGCAUGAAUGCCAUGACGCAAGAGAAGAACGAGUGCUCUAUCCGGAGUUUGUACCCGGAGAUUCGAUUGCUUGAAAUUGGCAUUGCGCAGGGCGCAGUACCAUGCAUGCCCAUCCAUCUAGAUGUUCUUUAAGUCUAUAGAGCGGGGGCCCCGGCCACACCGUCCCAGUCUACCCAUCGUGUAACAUGCGUA